CCAUUUUUUGUCAAGAAAAAAUGCGAUCUCAGAGGACAUUUUCAAGUGGUGGAAGGGCUUACAGGGUGAACAGCGCAACUUCACUUUCUACAAUAUAACCAUAGAGAACCUGUUUAAGGUCAUCCCACCCAUUCCAGAUCUUGUAGAGCCAAGCCCUAAUCGUUGCAGGACAUGUGCUGUGGUGGGGAACUCUGGUAAUUUGAAGGGGUCAAACUAUGGACGUCUGGUAGACUAUCAUGAUAUUGUAAUAAGAAUGAACCGUGGCCGUACCAAAGGCUAUGAAGCAGAUGUUGGGACCAAAACAACUCAUCAUGUCAUGUAUCCGGAGAGUGCUACCUAUUUGGACAGCACUACUCGUCUUGUGCUGUUUCCAUUCAAGAUCAGUGAUUUACUGUGGCUUCUCAAGAGUGUAAUCCAGGCAAUUAACGUUUCCUCCAACAGGCAGAAUGGUGCUGCAAAGUCAAGGAGGAUUGCUAACAAGGAUCUGGUGCUGAUCCUCAAUCCAGCUGUCAUGAAAUAUGUUCAUGAAACUUGGCUGGCAAAGAAGGGCAAAUAUCCAUCCACUGGCUUUCUGACUUUGGUUUUAAGUAUGCUCAUUUGUGAUGAGGUCAGCGUUUUUGGGUUUGGAGCAGACAGAGAUGGAAACUGGAACCACUACUUUGAAAUGCUCACAGACAAAAAGCUGAGAACUGGACCUCAUGCUGGAAUGCAUGAAUAUGAUGUUAUUAUGCAGCUACACAAGAAGAAGAAAAUCCAGUUUUAUACAGGAUGGUAGUUUUUGUUUCUCCCCUUCUCUCCACAUCACUUGUAUUAACAUGAGCAGCUCCAUGCACCACCACUUAAGCUUUGCCCUUGUGCUAGUCAUUUUAUUGUUAUUUAUUGAGCAUUUCCCUGUGUUUUUGUGAACUUCAAUUUUUUACAGCGAAAUACAUUUUGUCAUCUAAUCUUUGAAUGGAUUAGGUUAAGAAGGAACAUAUAUUUUGAAUGAAUUAACAGCAGCAGACUCUCCAGGAGGUGGCUGGAGUGUAUGGCAUAUAAAAUGUGAAACUUUCGCACAAGAGAGCGUUCACAUCUAGAGUCUUGGUUUAGGCAACAAAAACUGUUACAUAACUCCUUUAUUUCCAUUGAGAACUACAAUGGUGGUUGUGAAUGUAAAUAAAGGAGUUACGUCUGAUGUGAACAUUUUCUGUAUUAAACCAGACCAUAAUCUUUGCCCAACCUCAACCAAGUGUUGCUGGUGCCCAAACAUAAAAACAAAUAUGUUGCAUGUAAACAUCAUACUUAUGAACAUCGAACUUAUUUGUGACUUGCCAAACACACCAAUGAACAAUAUUUCCUCAUUACAUUGAUAGAAAAUGUAAUUCAGUUGCAGUCACUUUCCCUAUAAAACGUAUUUGCUCUUGCAGAUUAUUUGUAUUGAAACAUAAUUUCUCAGAGAUGUAGGGGUGUUGCAUAAUACUGACUCUCCCUUCAUGAGGUUUCACCUUUCCUUGUUUGAUUGUGUGAUGUAUCUGACCGAGCACUUUACUAGGACAACCUGUACACCUGCUCUUUCAUGCAAUUAUUCAAACAGCCAAUCACAAGGCAGCAAUGCAGUGUAACUGACAACAGCCUGGAGUUUACUCAGAAUAGUGUGGGAAAAACAAGAAACAUCCAAUGAGCUGCAAUUCUGCCUUAGAAUUGGAAUUCUGCCCCGAAUGGUCAGACUAGUUCAAGCUGACAAAAAGGCUACAUCAACUAACCACUCAAUACAAAUGUGGUGAGCAGAAAAGUAUCUCAGAAUGCACAACACGUCGACAACAACAGACAAGACCACUCAGCCAACUACAGAAAUCUACAGCUGCAGAGGGCACAGGCUCACCAAAACUGGAUGGUUGAAGACUGGAAAGAUGUAGCCUGGUCUGCUUACUGACAACAGUCCAGGCUGUUGAUGGUGGUGUAAUAGUUUGGGAAACAUUUUCUUGGCCUACUUUGAAUUACUUCCAACAUGGCAAUGCACCAUGUCGCAAAGCAAAACAGGUUUUGUGAAGAUGACUGUUAAUUCAUUGUUAAUUCAGUGUAGGUCAGUAACCCUUGAGUCACCAGAUCUGAACAGCAUAUUGGGAUGUGCCAGAACAGGGGAUUGGCAGCCAACAGCUCUGUAGAAAUUAUGUGAUGCAAUCAUGUCAACAUGGAGCAGAGUCUCAAAGGAAUGUUUCCAACAACAACAUAGGGAGGCUCUAGCCAGUACUAGUAUGGUCUUCCUAUAUACAAUGCUUGAUGAGUGUAUCUGUAUUGUAUAUUAUAGAAAAUGUAAUGUAAAGAAAUAAAUAAUGAAUUUUCUCAUUUAA